AUGUGCGUCACCAGGGUGGUAAGGCACAUCUGUGCCCACACCACAAUCGAAAACGGCCACUGCUCCAAAUCCAUGAAGAGAGGAGGCAGGCUCUGCAAGAAGCUGAAGAAGAAGAAUGUCGACGUCCUGGACUACUGCAACUGGGACAGCCCCUGGGGCUACUGCCUCUACAGAAACUGGAGACGGGGCUGGGCCUGCCACAAGUGCAAGCGGCCCACUCAGCGCAGCCCGCGAUGCAUUUGCGGGCAUGUCGUCUGCCGUCGCUGCAGUUGUCGCCAAGUGAAAUCACAACCCCCCAAGAAGAAGAAGAAGCACGGAGUCUACAGCGCCAUAAAGAACACCAAAUGGACCCAGAAGGACAAGCCUACCCCUAGGAAGAAGAAGCAACACAACCCUCAGUCCCUACUUAGAGUCCCAGUCUUCAACCCUUCCAUUGGAGACUGGGUUUGA